AUGGCAGGCGAGAGCAAAGCACUCGAGGCCAAGUGCCUCUGCGGCUCUGUCCACUUUACGAUAGAUGUUCCAGUUGUCUCUCUUCCCCUUGGAGUCAACAUCUGCCAUUGCAGCGUCUGCCGCUAUACUUCAGGAGCGCCGUGCAUGUUUCGCACGCAAGAGCAAGGGCUCAGGCCCAAGUUUGUUGCGCCAUCGAGCGAGAAGAGCUUGACGAGUUACGCCGUCCCAGGAGCUGACUGCACGUACGACUUCUGCUCGACUUGCGGGUGUCACAUUGCCGGUGUUUCGCUAGAUAGAGAGGGCUGGACGCUUUCAUCGUCGGUAUUUCAGGACCAUAGACCAGACAACUUCAGGAUCAAGACGCACGUCUUCAGUGACUCGGCCAAGGACAAGGGCCUUGCACAGGCACUGACACACUAUGACGGCGUCGAGCUGCCAGACUGGAACCCUCCAACGGACGACGCUCGAGCCAAGAUUAUCGAAACAGAGCCGGAAGUCAUAGGCGAAGACGGACAAGAACGGCUGCGAGCUCAGUGUCACUGCGGCGGCGUGUCCUUCACCGUCAGGCGGCCAACGCAGGAGAUCCGUGACCACGAGCUGCUCCGCAACGCCGUCUCUCCCGUCGACCCCGGCAAGUGGAUGGCCUCGUACGACCUGUGCGACGACUGCCGCCUCUCCAACGGCACGCACCUCGUCGGCUGGGCGUUUGUGCCUCUGUCGUUCUGCGAGCCCGAGAUAAAGAGCGACCUCCGGAUCGGAACCCUCAAGGCAUACGCCUCGUCGCCGGGCGUCCAGCGCUGCUUCUGCGGCACCUGCGGCGCCACGGUGUUUUACGCCUGCGACGAGCGCAAGCUGCCGGGUCCGGGCGGCUGGCAGGUCGUGGAUCUCGCGACGGGGAUCCUGCGAGCGCCGGAGGGAUCCAUGGCGGACAAGUGGCUAACCUGGAGGUCGCGCUUGGCUUGGGCGGACAGCGGCAGACGGUAUGAUGCGUUGUUUGCGAGUGGUUUGGAGCAGGGACUGAAGAGGCUGGUUGUUGCCAAGGUGGGCAAAGAAUUGGACAUGGAUAUUAGUUUUGGCGAAGCUUGA